UUGUUUUAUUUUAUCUUUCUAUGGUGGAAUGGUCAGUCUUAUUAGAAAUUUAAAUACAUCAGGGAGCUGUAUAUUUUGACUCAUCUCAUAACAUGGAUGACGAAGAAUAUCUUCAACCUGUAUUAACUUCUCAAGAAGAACAUUUUCAUAAAUUGGAUACUGUUUUAAUUACAUUUAUCCCUCUUAUAUUUGGUGUGUCUUUAGAAAUUACAGGAAUUAUAUUUAUAGCUGUAUGGCCUGAAGAAAAUAAUAAAUGUGAUACAUAUUUUAUAUACUUAUAUCUUCACUGUGCAUAUUGGUUGUUAAUAAUGUUAACAGAUCAUUUAGUAAAAAGAAAACAUCAUAAGCUUCGUAUUUAUGGAUAUCUUGAUUUUUAUCAAUCAACAUACCAACAAAUAAGAACACCUCUUUUCAUAGCAUCGUUAUGGAUAACAUGUUAUUUAUUAUUGGCUGUGUUUUUGCAUCACACACAUAAAGUUAACUAUGAACAAUAUUGUCGUGCAUCAGAAUGGUUCACACCUCUAAAUUAUAUAGUGCUCUUGACUACAUUGGAACUUAUAAUUAUCGUACCAGUUUAUAUAAAUUAUAUUAAACAAGUUUUAAGAUUUAAUCGAUUACGUCCACCAGCUGAUGUUGCUAGAGAAGAAUGGUUAUCUUCUUUUACUCAAGAUACGUAUGCAGGUAGUAAUGAAGUAGGUUAUCAUCAUAGAGAAUCUAAUUUAGAAGAAUUGCUUGAAAAACAAGCGGAUUUAAUAAGAUAUUUAAGAGAUCAUAAUGUUAAAUUAAGUCAUAGAAUGAUGCUAUUGGCAGCCCAACGUAGAUUACCUGAAGCAUGAGAUUCUGACAGAGUACAAGCCUUAUAUGUAUAAGUGAUGUUUUAUCAUAUAUAUGUAAUUAUAAUAUUAAGAAUACGAGACGAAUAUUUUCAUUUUAUAAUUUCGUUCAUUUUUGCUGUUAUGUUAAUGUUUUCCAUUAUUUUUUUUUCCCCCCCGUUUUUAUUUCUGAAUGCACUAAUUUUUAAUAACAUU